GUGGUACUAGUAGCGCCAAUAGUGUGAAGUCUCUGAUAAACAAACUCAAGAAUCUAAAGGGAAGAACAUCUUGAAAUAAUAGUGUUUUUAGUGCACAAUAUUCAUUGUUAAGCACUAAAUCUAAGUGAUCUUGAAUAAGUGCAAAUACCAAAGAGGAAAUUAAAAAUAAGAUAGUAAAAUGGGUAGUACGGAUAAAGCUGUAAUUACAGGUUUCAUAUGCAGACUCUGCAGUAAAAUGAACCGUUUCGUGAUCCACAUUUACGGUGAAGAGGGUGAAAGAAUGAAACUCGCGGAAAAGAUCAAUGCUUAUCUCCCAAUUACGGUAAAUAUGAAUGAUCCGCUACCCAAAACUGCAUGUCUACAUUGUAUUGAACGAUUGGAAGCACAUCACGAACUAAUGAAACAGUUCAUGUUUGCUAGGCGGAGGUUACCUACUGAAAAUAAAACCUCAGCAGUGGCAUCUUCUUCUACAGCAACUAUUGAUGCUGCACCAACGUCUAGCCCUCCUCCAUGUUGACAUGUACAAUCAUGAUAAUCCCUUUUUUUUGCAACACUGAGUAUCUCUUGAGUUUUAUCCAUAUCAUUUCCUCGCAAAAUCGUUAUUAAGGUAUAAAACUGUUAGGUAAAAGGUGUGAAUUAAGUAGAACAAUUUAAUAUCUUCAUAUAAUCUACUUGAAGAGAAAUUUUUAAUAGGAUAGCCAAAUAUUGUCUUAGUAGACUGAAAUUUGUAAUAUUGCAAAAUUUGUUAAUUACUUUUCAGUAUCCCAAAUGUUAUACUUCGAUACUUUAGAUGCAAUUAUUAUUUGACAACAAAAAUAAUUUUUUAUUUAUGUGCUAUAUAUAUUAAACCUUUUAUUAGGUACAAUUAUAUUGUAUAAAGUAGACUUUGGGUUGAUGAUCAUAUAAUCUAAUAACUUCUAAGAAGAAAUUAUAUCUUGGAUAGUAUCUUUUGUGAAAACAUAAUAAUAUUUAAAUACUUUAAUGGAUGUUUUAUUCUAUACUAUCAUACUUUAAAAAAAUUAUCAUAGUAUCUUUAAUAAUUUCAUAUAUAUAUGAAUGUUUAUACAUUUAUUUUAUAAUAAAUUAUUUCUUCAGAAUAUUACACAAAAACUGUUGAGUCAAUAGAAAUGUAGAAAUUUGUAUACUUACAUGCUUAUUUCAUAAUAAUCUAUAAUAAUUGAGAAAUAGUAAAAUUCAUGAAAAGUGACACAUCUUCCAUUAAAACAAAAAUGAAGAAAAAUAUCAAUAAAUCGGUCAUUUAAAAUAGUGAUGGGACACGUAUUGCAAUCAUUGUAUAUUUACAUUAUAUACAUCGUAUUAUUCAAUCCCACUGAUUUUUAAGAAUCAGCAGAUGAAUGUUAUAUAAAAGCAUUACAUCUGCAGAGAUAUGCAUAUAAAAAAAUAUUUGUAUAUUAUGUUAACAUAAUAUUAUGUAUUUUUAUGUAAUAUUUUUAAAGAGUUUUAAUAUUCCUUUUUCUCUCUAAGCAAUGAUAUAAUAAACAAUCUUUACAAAAUUUAACUGCGCACUUAUUAUGUCAGUUGUUUUGUAUUAUCAAAUAUUUCAUUAAUAAAAUAUAUAUUUGUGUAAGCAGUAUAAAUAAUAAGGGAAACGAUCUUCACAUAAUUUUUGUAUGAUAAGAUUUAUUUGUUAACAAUGUAUGCUAACACAAUUAAAUGUUAUGUGGAACAAUAUUAAUGAAUCGCGUCACAAUACACAUUGUGCUUUCUAUAUGUAUUAUUUCACAUAUAACGUUGUAUAAUUUACAAGGAAGAUAAGUGUUUUUAUAGUAGGUAAGGAUGUAAUCAUCACUCAAUUUUUACUUAUUGUACUUGGUAUAAUAUAGAAACAAUUUAAAUUUAAGUAUUUGUUUAAUAAUUUUUACAUAAUAUCAGAUAAUUUUAGAGAAAUAGAUCAAUAUAAUUCAAUUUAAUCCAAAUUUUAUUUAGCUUGAUUAAUUCAUUGUGUUUAUGCAGGAAAAUGGAUAAUUAAAUAUUUAAAAUUUGAUUUAGGAAAUCUAUUAAUAUCAACAUUAUAUUAAUAAUUAAUAAAUUAAUUGUAAUAAUUUUUUUCAUUUAAUAUAUAAAUUAUGUGCAGGAAUAACGAUUUUAAUUCUACAUAUAAUACAAAAACUUUUUUUCUUAUCGAUCAAUGAUUAUAAUGUAAUAAAGAUAAUUCAUUUGAUUAAAUAAUGCUGUAAAUGUUUUUGACAAUGUAUGGCUCAAAAUAUAUGCAGAUAAUAUUAUUAAUACAGUAAAUAAAAAAACAAAAAAGGAUUCAUUUCCCCAAAAUUAACAAAAUUUCUGGAAUAUUUUCAAGAUGGUAAUUAUUGAUACAAUGAAAUAAAUAAUGGCCUAAUGAUUUAAGAGUAAUCUUUGUAAUUUUUCAUAUAAUAUAUCUUAUACUAUUCCAUGCACAAUAAAACAUUCCCCUUUCAUGAUAGUAAAGUUAUAUUUACAUACACAUAUGGCAGAAAUACUACAUACACAGUUUAAAGAAUGUCUGAUACUGUACAAUAUAGUAUACAGGUAUAACACAGUAGAAUUGCAAUCGAAAAUUUUAUAUUAGACAAAGACAUAAGUAAAUAAUGGCUAUAUUUUUCAUUUAAUUUUACUAUUUGGUUCAUAUAACAUUGUUUCUCAUGUAUAUAAUAGUCCAACAAGUAAAGGCAAAAUGUGUUCCUGUGUACCAAUAAUAAUAGGGAUCUAUAUUUAUAUUAUAAUAUUUAUGAUAUAUUAUUUUUUAAUAUCAAAGUGUCUGUGUGUGUGUGUGUUUACCAUUAAUUUUUUCAAAAUAAACGAUAUUAACAUAAUAUAUUUAUAAUUAUUUGUUAAAUUAGAGAUCUCUCUUGGUUCUGGCAAAUGCAUAUAUAAAACGAAAACAAAAUUAUUAAUCAUAUUUUUUCACAAAUUUGACCAAGUACAUAAAAAUCUACAUAAGCAAUGACAUACAUCCUUCCUUAUUAAGUUAAACAUAUAGCAAAUAUUACUGCAAGAUUUCUGAAAUCAUUUGACAGUAAUGUGUAAACUCCUGUGCGAUAAACAACUACAUACUAUAAACUGACUUAUAAGUAUACUCAAUGCAAGCGAUGUAAACUAUGUACAAAGAUUCAGAGAGUCUAACUCCCCACUUUCUUUCUAUUUUCCCCAAUCAGUGUGAUCAUUUCAUCAUUAAAUAUGUCCACAACUGAUUUCUUAUAAAAAAUAUAUACUAUAUAUCUAUAUAAAAUUUCAUUCUCUUUUCAGCCAACAUGUUUCAUACAAAUUUAGCCCCAUUCAAGGUUAUUUGAUUUGUGGUUCUGAGCUUACAUAAGCUUAAUCUUCGUUUCUUAAUACAUGAGGAUACUUAUAUACUCAAAUAAAAAUAUAAAUGUGAGUAUGUGCAUUUUUAACCAAUCAUAAACAGUGACAAUAAAGCUAUAAAUGACUAAAGUACAAUGAUAGUUACCAAUUUUUCGUUUAGGAAAUAAAAAUUUUAGAGCUCAUAGAUAUGUUGAGCUGCAUUCAUGACAAAUUCUUAAAAAAUUAAAAAAAAAAUCAUAAACAUUAACUAUAUACUGUUGACAUCCCGGUUUAAACAAAAUACAUGUACAAUUUUUGUGUAAAUACAAACAAAUAUUUUUAUAUCUUUAUAAAUAAUAUAAGAUAUUUAUUCUCCUAAAAUAUAUACAUAAUUUAAAAUAAUACAUAUCUCCCUUUGUCUAAUAUUGAAAAUUAUGCUGUACUUCAUAAGUGUUGGCGAUGCAUACUUUCACUUAUGUCUUGUAAUUGUACAGCCGUACAUUGCUUGGAAUACGUUAUUCAUUAUUAUUCAUUUAAUGCAUCAAGAAUAACAUCAAAUUGUAAUACAUCUAUUAAAUAAAAAAUUUAGAUUGUACAAAUUCUAUUCCUGUUAUAUAUAAUGUACAUAGUUAUAUGCCAAUAAUGAUAUUACAAAUUCUAUUUACAUUUUCUUCGCCAUGAGACACAGCGCUUGUACUUAUGAGAUUAGAGACAUUUAAUCGUCCUGAAAACAGCUCAACCACAAUGGCACAAACACUGGACUCAAAAGCAAGAUUUAAUUUGCUAAGGAGAAACGUACCUCAUAUACAUAAAUGUAUCCCCAUACAUCUUUAUGUUCAAAUUAAUAAUGAUUAUUUUUAGAUUAUUUUUAAAUAAUAACACAUUUGUGUGAUAUUUGUACUUCUCCUUUGAAAUAAUUAAAUAACCAAUCAAAAGAAAAAUAUUAAUUAACAGCCCUAUCGUGUGCUUGUUAAAAAAGUGUACAACAGAAUGUAUGUGUCAAUAUAUAUACCGUUUUUUAAAUGUUAUUUUAUAUCUAAUCUUACAUCUAUAUCUACAGUUUAUAUUAGUGGGGAAAGUUACCUAAGCAGUCCUAGGUAGACAGGUAAAAAUUGUCAUGAAAUUUGCCGUGAUUGCAGAGUGCCCAUACUAUGAUCUUUGAUUUUGUAUGUGUAUGUAUACAUGCAUGCAUGGAUGCUUACAUACACAUUUAUAAAAGACUUUAGUACAUUGAGAUAUGCAGGUUGCUGUCAAACACAGCCCAUCACGAACAUGCCUGUUGCAUCUCCGCUUUAGCUGCCUUUGUAGCUAAAAAGAAUAUAUAUAAACUAUUUGCAUAAAUAUUUGUCUUUUAAAAAUAAAACUGUUUCAUAUUA